CCGCAGCAGGGAGGACACUCUCGGGGGCCGGAGACGUCUGCCGGACAGCUCUGUCAUUAAACGGCGCGAUGAAGGCGAUCCUUCUCAUCAUUCUGCCUCUGGCGCUCGGGGCGGCCAUCGAGAAGCAAGAAGCGGAGUUUGACAUCCCGCCGGCGGAGCCCAAGUCCAGGUUCGCCAUGCUGGACGACGUAAGGAUACUGGCCAACGGUCUGCUCCAGCUGGGCCACGGGCUCAAGGAUUUCGUCCACAAGACGAAGGGGCAAAUCAACGAGAUCUUUUACAAGCUGAACGUCUUCGACAAGUCCUUCGACGACCUCUCCGAGCAGACCAACGAGAUCCGGGAGAAGGAAGAGGAGCUCAAGGAGACCACGUCCAGGCUCCAGCUCAACAACGAGGAACUGAAGAACAUGUCGCGGCAAAUCCACCAGCAGAUCGAGAGCCUGCUGCAGGACAAGACGCGGCUUCAGGGCAAGGUCAGCGUGCUGGAGGAGAAGCUGGGCCAGAUCACCGAUCACGGGAGCCCCGAGGGGUCAAACCUCAAAGAAGUCACCUCGCUAAAAAACUUUGUCGAGCAGCAAGAGAUGAACAUCCGCCGCCUCCUGAAAGUCGUGCAGGAGCAGCACUCGCAGCUGGAUCACCAAAACUGGCAGAUUAAAGACCUAGAAGAUAAGCUAAUUAGUGCUGGUUUUCAAGAAAACACAAAGAUUUCACCAUCCGCUGGCCAACACACUCCAAACCUCAAAGCUUACCGGCCGAGAAACACAACCGACUCAGCAACAGAAGAAAGUGACGCUGCCCGCGACUGCAACGAUGUUUAUAACAGAGGAGAACGGACGAGCGGCAUCUACACCGUUACCCCAAACGGAACCGCGGGAUUCGAAGUGUAUUGUGAACUAACGCCAGACAACGCGUGGACGGUGAUCCAGAGAAGGGUGGACGGGUCGGUGGAUUUUAACCAGACGUGGCAGGAAUACGCAAACGGCUUUGGUGACCUCACAGGUGAAUUUUGGCUGGGCCUCGAGAAGAUCCAUUCCCUGACUCGGCAGGCGGAUUACAUUCUGCACAUAGAACUCCAGGACUGGAAGGACAAUAAGCGCUACGCGGAGUACACGUUCACCCUGGGGGGUCACGACACCGGUUACGCGCUUCGGGUAUCGCAGGUGGCGGGAAACCUUCCCAGCGCGCUCCCCGAACGCACGCCGUUAGGAUUUUCCACCAGCGACCAGGACGGCAGAGAUGUAACGUGCCCGAUGGAGUCUUCAUCAGGUGGGUGGUGGAACGCGACGUGCGGAGGUACAAACCUCAACGCCAAGUACAUGAAACCAAGAUCAAAGGCAAAACCGGAACGACGCAGGGGACACGGCCUAUACUGGAAGCCGGAGAAGGGCAGAACGUACUCACUCAGGUCAACAAAAAUAAUGCUUUAUCGCACGGACCUAGAACCCUUCGAUUAAUCCAGAG